AUGAAAUUUUUCUUAAAUAUAGGGUAACUGAUACUAGUACUCUUAGAUGUCUAAGUCUAUCAAGCAUUAGAUGGAGAACAUGUUUUGCUAAAACUUCAGAGCUAUGAAGCUUUCUUUGAAGUUUUUGGGAUGCAAUCCUUCUCAAAGUGUGAUAUAAGUGGAAUCUUAAGUGUGAUAUUUAGAAAAACUAGGUGUGAUCACUAGGUUUAUCUCCUCUUUCUUCUUCCUACUUCCCUUUCAUUUUUCUAGCAAUUUGUAUCAAAUUCCAACUUAGAUUAGAUCCGAUUAUUCACCUAUUAUUUCUCUAACAUCCAAUCCUAAAGAACCCUAAACCAUCCAUCCAUACAUCCAAUAGCUCCAAACAACACUAGAAUGCCAGAAUAUUAUGCUUAGAUUACUCUUCACAUCCCAGGAACAGCCACUCAAACCCUAAGUUUUCCUCUUUAUUUCAUCUCCAAAUCCUACCCUUCCCUUACAUAAUCAGACAUUCCACAUUCCCUGAUAUUUUCCAGAAAUCUUAGACCUAGCUAUUUUAAAAUCCCAGAAGAAGUUGCUGUCCAGAAACUCUUGCAAUUUCAUUUCCUAUUUUCCGCCCUUUAAAACCUUCAAAAUUUGAACUUUCUUAACCUCAUUUGAACCAUUACCCUAGAAACAUCUGGUUUUUUAUUGUUGCUGUCCUACAUCAAACUUGGUAUCAACUGCUCUACAUCAGUUUGGUAUCAAAGCGGUUACACCACAAUGUUUCCACAUUGUGGGAGAUCCUACAUGCGUACAAUGAUGCACUAGGAAGAGUUGAAGAUGCGUCUUAGAGAAGAAGUUCUUCAACAGAAGCCCUUGCCACCUAUGCUGAAAACUUGAUUGAUUUAGUUGAUGCAAGCUGUCCUGUGGGUAACACUGAGCAAGCCAAGUUGAAAAUGCAAGAAGAUGUGCCCUUAUUAAAAGAAUUCAUGAAGGGGAGCUCGGUGCCACAAUUAAAUGACGGUAUGACAACCAAUCAAUGUGUUAAUGAGGUGUCAUCAAUUAAACUAUUAGAAGUGCAGAAGCCAGCUUUGACUACGAUUCUCAAUGAAGGUGGAACAUUUGCCUUAUAUUCAUUACUUUGUAGGCAUAUGAAUAUUGGAAUCCUUUCUUCAAAACGUGCAAGUACAAACUCCUCAAGCCUUUCGCACUCAAUGGAUGAGGUUACCAAAAAGCAAAGCAAGCUCCGAUUUUUUUUCGAAAGCAGUGGAGUUGCUAGAAGGGUAUUGCUUUUUGUUGCUAUAUUAGGCAUGUGCAUGCUUAUUGGUGAUGGUAUACUUACGCCUGCAAUCUCAGUGUUAUCAGCAAUGGAUGGACUAAGAGCACCUUUUCCUUCUGUGAGCAAAUCUCUGGUGGAGGCACUUUCUGCAACAGUAUUAGUUGUUCUAUUCCUGUUGCAAAAGUUCGGCACCAGUCGAGUGAGUUUCUUAUUUUCCCCGAUCAUGGGUAUGUGGACCUUGACUAUCCCACUUGUUGGAAUAUAUAGCAUUAUACAUCAUUAUCCAACAAUAUUCAAGGCUUUAUCGCCGCAUUACAUCAUCCAUUUCUUUUUGAGAAAUGGAAAGGAAGGCUGGCUGUUGCUUGGUGGCACAGUCCUCUGCAUCACAGGUUCUGAAGCACUGUUUGCAGAUCUUGGUCAUUUCAACCGGAGUUCCAUUCAGAUAGCUUUCUUGUUUACAAUCUAUCCAUCUUUGGUUCUGACAUAUGCGGGGCAGACUGCGUACUUGAUCAAGUACCCAAACGAUCAUGAUGAUGGAUUCUACAAGUUCAUACCAACUGCAGUCUACUGGCCUAUCUUUAUCAUAGCCACAUCAGCUGCAAUUGUUGCGAGCCAGUCGCUGAUAUCAGCCACAUUUUCUGUAAUCAAGCAAUCUGUAGUUCUGGACUAUUUUCCUCGAGUGAAGGUGGUACACACAUCUCGUAGUAAAGAAGGCGAGGUUUACUCGCCAGAAGUGAACUACAUUCUCAUGAUUCUUUGUGUUGCUGUCAUUCUCAUCUUCGGAGAUGGAAAAGAUAUUGGAAAUGCUUUUGGUGUCGUCGUCAGUCUGGUCAUGCUCAUCACCACUAUAUUACUGACCCUUGUGAUGAUCAUAAUAUGGAGAACUCCUUGGGGGCUUGUUGCUCUUUAUUUCUUUGUGUUUUUUGUGAUGGAAGGUGUUUACGUAAGUGCAGUCUGCACUAAAAUCCAUGAAGGUGGAUGGAUUCCUUUUGCCAUAUCCUUUAUCCUUGCCCUCAUUAUGUUUGGCUGGUUUUACGGGAGACAGAGAAAGAUAGAAUAUGAGUUGACUCACAAGACAACUUUGGACAGACUUGGAAUGCUUCUAUCUGACCCUAGUGUUCAAAGGGUUCCUGGAAUGUGCUUCUUUUACACCAACAUCCAAGAUGGGCUCACUCCUGUUGUUGGACACUACAUAAAAAACAUGAAAUCGCUUCAUGAGGUUACUAUAUUCACAACUCUUCGAUACUCAUUGGUUCCUAAGGUUGCUCCACAUGAGAGGAUUGUCAUCAAGAAACUGGGCCUAAAAGGGGUUUAUGGGUGUGUGGUUCAGUACGGCUAUGCAGAUUCCUUAAAUCUUGAUGGAGAUGUUUUUGUAGGACAAGUUGCGGAUAGCUUGCAAGUGCAUAUACAGGAUUGCUCAGACGGUCUACCAUCUAGUCUCGUGGAUAUCCAAGAAGAGAUUUCUGAUUUGGAACAAGCAAAGCAGGCUGGUGUGGUUCAUGUCAGAGGGAAGACGAGAUUUUAUAUUGGCAAGAGCUGUAGCUGGCUUGAUAGAAUCAUGCUUCCAUUUUAUGAACUCCUGCACAACAAUUGUCGGUCUGCCCUGCCUGCUCUGGGGGUACCACUACCGCAGCGUAUUGAGGUCGGAAUGCUUUAUGAGGCUUGAAAGGAUGAUUUUAUUUUGCAUGUCAUCUCCUUUCCGAGUGAUUUAAGAAAUAUACAGGUAUACAAAAGAAGAUAGAAGUUUUAGCCGACAACUACAGCCUAUUAAGGAUUUUGUGAAUUGAUAAUGCAUUUUUGCUGAGAUCCUUGUUCUCUCUCCAUUUUUUUUUUUUUAAUUUUUUAAUUUUUAUGUGUUUUCAAAAUUGUAGGUAUUUGCUUGUUUGGCCGAAACGCAAUGUUGUUAGCCUACAUGUGGGUCGGCAAAUAAUAGAUAGAUAGCAGGUGGCCUGAGACAAAUUUAAAAGCUUUUGAUGUAAUGUUUGCCUAUGAGAAUGAAAUGAGAUGCUUGAAAUUACCAGGUUUAAAUGAAA